AUGAUGAAAGUAUUGAUCGCCCUUGCUUCGCUGUUGGCCCUGAGUGCCGGUCAGCUCAACACCUUGACCAACACGCAAGAAUUGGAUCCGGCUGGUAACUUCCGUCUGAAUUGGGAAGUCCUUCCUGAAAGCGGAGACAUCGUCUUGGAGAUCGUAGCCAACGCCACCGGAUGGGUUUCGCUGGAGAUUGUCACCGACGACGGUAAAUACGCCGAUGUCAUUUUCGGAGGCUACAACGAAGAAUUCAGUUUCGGUUACCUUGAGGACUGGAGCCUCGAAUGGACCCCUGGCGCUCACUUGCUUCCCAUUCCGGAUGCAAGCAAAGAUCUGAUCCUGCAAACAUCUUCUUUCACUGCUCCCACCACCACUCUCCGUGUCAAGCGAUCGCUCAACACCGGAGAUUAUUACGAUGUCCCCUUUCACAGCGGACAAAUGCCAAUUGGCUGGUCGUACAGCACAUCGGACGCUUACGACUCGGUUCACGAAGCUGCCGGUUUCGCCUACGUCACCUUCUAUUAA